AUGAAGCCACAAACUAAAUACGGUGUUUCUGCCACAGCUGCCUCAACGAUUCUGUGUGAGGAUGUGCGCAACUUUACCACAAGACGACGCAAUCUCCUGUAUCUGAUGCAUCGCUAUCUGCUCGAGAACGGCUAUUACAACACCGCGGAGGCCUUGAAGGGCGAGGGUCGUCUCUCUGAGGAAUUUGAGCUGUGCGACAAUGUCGACCUGGAUGCCAUUUAUUUGGAGUAUGCGAGUUUCUUCAAUCUCAAGUUUGGCAAAUAUCCGCGUAUACUCAAAAAGUCUGGGCCCAAAGUCAAGCUGGAGCUGAACUCCACCAAAAGUGUCAAGAAUUCAACAGCAGCAGGACAGGAGGCAAGUUCACAAUCCCAGUUGCAAUCGCAAUCGCAAACUCAACAGCGACCUGGCGAUGCUGUUGCCUGUUGGCAUGCGGGCAUUGGAGCUGCCACAGCCGCUGCAGCUGCCAGUCUUGCCACUGAGCCGCAACAGCAACAGCCUCGCCCGCCGCCUUCGUUGCACAUUAAGAAAAUGGAAACGGCCGAGUCGACAGCGGAUUCUCGACAGAGUGUACUCCCUGAAAUUGAGCAUGGCCAUGCGGCAGAUGAUGCACUGUUUGCCUCAUUGGAGUGGCAGUCGCUGGCCGAGCUGGUCAAGACCAGCAUUUUGAGCGAGGACAUCAAGCUGCGCUGGACGGAUGUCUGUGGCAAUCAGUGUGCCAUUGAACUGGUCAAGGAGGCGGUGCUCACGCCCAUCGAGUAUCCGCAACUCUUUGCCCAUGGCCUCAAGCCGUGGCGUUCGCUGUUGUUGCACGGACCACCCGGUAGUGGCAAGACCUUUUUGGCCAAGGCUCUCUACGCCGAGACACGGGAUAAGGUUACCUUCUUCAACAUCACGGCUAGCAUUAUGGUCUCCAAGUGGCGUGGCGAAUCGGAAAAGAUACUUCGCGUGCUAUUCCACAUGGCAGCACGGCGUGCUCCCUCCGUCAUAUUCUUUGACGAGAUUGAGAGUCUGACUUCGAAGCGGGAUCGCUCGACGGAUCAUGAGUCCUCCAAGCGCUUUAAGAAUGAAUUGCUGCAGUUACUCGACGGCAUGGAGCAUACAUUAAGCGGUGUCUUUGUUCUCGCCAGCACUAAUUUGCCCUGGGACAUUGAUGAGGCCUUUCUCCGGCGCUUCGAGAAGAAGCUGCUCGUCCAGCUGCCCAGCUCGGCAGAGCGUUCCAGUCUCAUCAAUCGCCUGCUUGGCACCUCCGUCAGCUUAACCCCUCGACUGCUCGAGCUGCUGGUGAAGAUCUCCGAGCAUUUCACGGGAGACGAGAUUCGACUCGCCUGCAAGGAGAUCAGCAUGCAACGCAUGCGUUGUGCCACACGUGGCGGACGUGAACAAAAGGAAUCUCUGGCCGUACAGGAGGCGAACUUGGAGAAAGCCUUCAAGCAGAUACGUCCGCUGGGCAUGAAGUUACUGGCCAAGCACGAACAGUGGCAGCAGGAGAACGGUUCCUGACCGCAAAACAACCUUAAGUAUUUACAA